CCGUGAAGGAGUGAUUCUAAUUACGCACAGACGUUUUUCAGUAAUUUGCUACUUCAACUGUUUAUUUCGCGAAUAAAAUGGCAAAUAAGUCAAAGAAAGUUACCUCUAAAACUAGAUACACGAAUGUAGAAAUGAUUUUGGAAGAGAUUGACCGGGAUAGUGAGACAGAUUUGGCAGAGAUUGAAGACUCCAUCAGCUCCCAUAGCUUUGAUUCUGAAACUGAGGACUUUUUUUUGAACGGAGAGGACAUCGUUUUGGACUGUGGCACUGACUCCGACUGGGAGCCCCCAGUGCCAAGGUUUCCACCCCCCUCUGAAGCUGGUUCAUCCAGCUGUACCCCUGCUGUCUCUGGCUCCACACCUCCCGGGCCAUCUAGAGGUGUGAAGAGGAAGAGGGGAAGUGUGCCACCCACUAACAGAGGGACAGAAGGGCGUUGGCACACCGUCCUAGAAGAUGAUGUGGAGCCACCACAACCAACUUUUAGGCCGAUAAGGAAGCCAGGACCUCAGGUGAACCCGACCUCCAAUUACACCCCCCUUCAGCUUUUCCAACUGUAUUUUACCACAUCUGUUGUAGGUUCGCUCGUGUCCAACACUAAUAAGAAUGGGAAGAAGAAACAAGCGGGCAAAAAGGUAGCAUGGAAGCCCAUAUCCAUGUCAGAGUUUUUCUGCUACCUUUCUCUGGUCAUCUACAUGGGGCUGGUGAAGCUGAAAAGCCUGAAGGACUACUGGAAAACAUCAGCUCUGUACAAAUUGCCUUUCCCCAUGACUGUUAUGUCCUGCAAGAAGUUUCUGAUGAUUUCACAGGCGCUUCACAUCAGUGAACCAAAGGUUGAUGAAGAGAAUGAGAAGAAGAGGGGCACAGCAGCGUUUGAUAGACUGUGCAAGAUCAAGCCGCUCUACCACAGCAUUGUUGAGGCCUGCAAGACGUAUUUUCAGCCAGCCCAGAACGUGUCGAUCGAUGAGAGGAUGGUAUCCUCAAAGGCCAGAAUUGGACUCAAACAGUACAUGAGAAACAAACCAACCAAGUGGGGUUACAAGCUGUUUGUUUUGGCUGAUUCUGCAUGUGCCUACACAUGCAAUUUCUUUGUCUACGAGGGGAAGAACAGUUUUGCUACCGGUAAGGGACUCAGCUAUGACUCUGUAAUGGCGUUAUUGGAUGUUCAGCUGCUAGGGAAGGGUUACAAACUGUUUGUGGAUAACUUCUACACAAGCCCUACCCUGUUUGCAGACCUAAGGAAGCUGGAUGUAUGGGCUUGUGGCACCAUUCGUACCAACAGGGUGGGCUUUCCGAAGACGAAGGUGAACGACAUGCCUAAGCGGGCUGAGCGGGGGACCAUGCGAUGGAUCCGUGAAGAUGGCCUGCUUUUUGUAAAGUGGAUGGAUACCAGAGAGGUGGUGAUGUGCUCCACUAUCCACAAGUCCUUCAGUGGGGAUCGUGUUGUCAGGCGUGUGAAGGACGGUGCCGGGGCAAGGACCACCAAAAAUGUCCCCAUUCCAACUGCAGUGAAGGACUACAACAAGAGCAUGGGCGGAGUCGACCUUUCGGACGCGCUAAUCGGCUACUACAAUGUUCUCCACAAGACAAUGAAAUGGUACAAGACCUUCUAUCAUUUCAUCGACAUCGCCGUAGUGAAUGCAUUCAUCCUACACAAGGAAAUGGCAACGAGCUGUGGAAAGCCCUACCUCUCACAGAAAGACUUCAGAGAGCAGCUCAUCAAGGAGCUUGCUGGCUACAGCACCACUGCAGCAAGCCCUGUCCCUUCUGCUCCUGCCACAAGUGUUCAUCUGCCCAAAUAUAUUUGUGCAGGCAUGGAUGUGCCUAAGGGCCAAAAGGGCACAGCAUGGAGGCGUUGCUGUGUUGUUUGCAAGAUGAAGUCUCCCAUCACAUGCAGCACAUGCUCAGUGACCCUCUGCUUUACAUCAGAGAGGGACUGCUAUGGCAUCUGGCAUCAGCAGCAGAACAUUGUCUAG